AUGAAUGAAUACGAUAUAGAGAUCGAUUUACCUCAAUGUGGAGCUUAUAUUAAUCUUGAAGCACUAUUAGUUUAUUUUGAUCGAGCAAAUGAAAUUAACAGAUGCUUUAUUACUUCCGCUAUGUUCAAUAUUCCAUCACUUUGUGAAUAUUUCCUUUCACAAGGUGCAAACAUCAAUGAAAUAUAUUAUCAUCGAACUGCUCUUCAUAAUGCAGCAAUAAAUAAUAGUAAAGCAACAGUCGAGUUCCUUCUUUCCCAUGGGGCCAAAAUCAAUAAAAAAGAUAUAGAUGGAGGAACUCCUCUUCAUCUUACAGCAUUUAAUAAUUGUACUGAAACGGCUGAACUUCUUCUUUUACAUGGCGCAAAUAUCAGUGAAAAAGAUUAUUAUGGUCAUACCACUCUUCAUCAUGCUGCAGGAAGUAAUAGUAAAGAAAUAGCUGAAUUUUUUAUUUCACAUGGUGCAAAUAUUCAUGAAAUAAGUAAUUGUGGAAAUACUCCUCUUUAUCAAGCAGCAGGAAGUAAUAAUAAAGAAACAAUUGAACUUCUUAUUUCUCAUGGUGCAAAUAUCAAUCAAAAAUGUGUCUUUGGAGAAACUGCUCUUCAUCAUGCAUCACGAAGUAAUAGUAAAGAAAUAGUCGAACUUCUAAUUUCAAAUGGUGCAAAUAUAAAUGAAAUAAGUAAUUAUGAAAAAACCGCGCUUCAUUAUGCGGCAGAAACUAAUAGUAAAGAAGCAGUCGAACUUCUUAUUUCAAAUGGCGCAAAUAUCAAUGUUAAAGCUAAAGAUGGAAGAACACCGCUUAGUAAUGCAUUAGGAAAUAAUAGAAAAGAAACUGCUGAAGUUCUUAUUUCACAUGGUGCAAAUAUCAAUGAAAAAGAUAAUCAUGGGCGAACCGCUCUUCAUCAUGCAUCAAAGAAAAAUUAUACAGAAACAGCCGAACUUCUUAUUUCACAUGGUGCAAAUAUCAGUGAUAAAAAUAAAGAUGGAUAUACUGCUCUUCAUUUAGCAGAUAAAAAUAAUUGUAAAGAAACUGCAGAACUUCUUAUUGCAUAUGGUGCAAGAAUAUAA